CGCGCUCCCCGGUUUCACAACCCGCAGAGUAAAGUCCUCCCCGGCACAAUAUAAGCCACCGCGCGGUGACAUCCCCACACUGCCCAGGAUGGGGACCCGCUCGGGAGAGCUGCCCCAGCCCCAGGACGCCAGCCCAGCCCUCACCCCCUCUGGCCCCCAGCGUCCCCCUGGGGCGGGCAGGGUGAGCGCUGUCCCCAUCCCUGUCCCUCAGCCCCCCCGGGGCUGGCGGUGUGCCCGGCGCUCCCUCUUCAGCCGUGCCCUCCCCAGGGCCCCGCGGCGGACCCCAGCCCUCCCCCAGCCCGGCGGCAGUUCGACAUGCUGUACCGGAUCGAGGACGUGCCCCCCUGGUACCUCUGCAUCCUGCUGGGCUUCCAGCGGCACCAUCGCCGUGCCCUUCCUGCUGGCCGAGAGCCUGUGCGUGGGCAAGGACCAGCUGACGGUCAGCUACCUCAUCGGCACCAUCUUCACCUGCGUCGGCAUCACCACCCUCAUCCAGACCACCGUGGGCAUCAGGCUGCCGCUGUUCCAGGCGAGCGCGCUGGCCUUCCUGGUGCCCGCCAAGGCCAUCCUGGCGCUGGAGAAGUGGCGGUGCCCACCCGAAGAGCAGAUCUACGGCAACUGGGCGCUGCCGCUCAACACCUCCCACAUCUGGCAGCCCCGCAUGCGGGAGAUCCAGGGGGCCAUCGUGGUGUCCAGCCUGGUGGAGGUGCUCAUCGGGCUGCUGGGGCUGCCCGGCGCGCUGCUCAGCUACAUCGGGCCGCUCACCGUCACCCCCACCGUCUCCCUCAUCGGCCUCUCCGUCUUCCAGGCCGCCGGCGAGCGGGCCGGCUCGCACUGGGGCAUCGCCGCGCUGUACGGCACCGGGCCGGGCUCGUGGAUGGCUUUCAUGCCCUUGAGCCAAGGCCGCGGGUGGCACCGCCGAUCCCUGGCGUCCUCAGAGCCCUGUGCUCUCCGCAGGUCCAUCGUCCUCAUCGUGCUCUUUGCGCAGUACCUGCGGAAUGUCACCGUGCGCCUGCCCGGGUACCGCUGGGGCCGCGGCUUCGUCCUGCUGCGCGUGCAGAUCUUCAAGAUGUUUCCCAUCAUCCUGGCCAUCAUGGUGACGUGGCUGUUCUGCUACGUGCUGACUCGUGCCGGCGUCUUCCCCAGCCGCCCCGAGGAGUACGGCUACAAGGCCCGGACGGACGCGCGCGGGGAGAUCCUCUCGGUGGCCCCCUGGUUCCGUGUCCCCUACCCCUGUCAGUGGGGGCUGCCCACCGUGACCUCUGCAGCCGUGCUGGGCAUGUUCAGCGCCACGCUGGCCGGCAUCAUCGAGUCCAUCGGGGAUUACUACUCCUGCGCGCGGCUGUCAGGAGCGCCCGCGCCCCCGGUGCAUGCCAUCAACAGGGGCAUUUUUACGGAAGGCAUCUCCUGCAUCAUCGCGGGGCUGAUGGGAACCGGCAACGGCUCCACGUCCUCCAGCCCCAACAUCGGGGUGCUGGGCAUCACCAAGGUGGGGAGCAGGAGGGUGAUUCAGUACGGCGCCGGGAUCAUGAUCAUCCUGGGGACCAUCGGAAAGUUCACUGCACUGUUCGCCUCGCUGCCCGACCCCCUCCUCGGCGGGAUGUUCUGCACGCUGUUCGGCAUGAUCACGGCCGUCGGCCUCUCCAACCUGCAGUUCGUCGACAUGAACUCCUCCCGCAACCUCUUCGUGCUGGGCUUCUCCAUGUUCUUUGGGCUGACGCUGCCCAACUACCUGGAUGCCCACCCCAAGGCCAUUAACACAGGCAUCUCCGAGCUGGACCAGAUCCUGACGGUGCUGCUGACCACCGAGAUGUUCGUGGGGGGCUCCCUCGCCUUCAUCCUGGACAACACCAUCCCAGGGACGCGGGAGGAGCGGGGACUGGUGCAGUGGAAGGCGGGCGCGCACGCAGACAGCACGGCCUCGGCCGACCUGAGGAGCUACGACUUCCCCUUUGGGAUGAGCGCAGUGAGGAGGAGCCGCUGGCUGCGGCACGUACCCAUCUGCCCGCUCUUCACCGGCUUCGCCUGGCGGGCCAGGAAGAGCCACGCGGCGGAGGACGGCACGCAGGACGGCAUCGACGGGACGGCUGUGAGCACCAAGGUGUGACCGGGCGGCCGCGCAGGGGCUGAGCCGAGCGCUGGGCUCCCACCAGAGAGCACCGCCCGGGCCGCGGGCCCUCCGCUCCCAACACAGCGCUGGGGGAAGGCACUGCCUGUGGGAUGGCACCGGCUUGGUUUAGCAGCAUGCACCGCGCUGGGGCUGCCGUGACAGCAGCGCUCCCAGGCGCUGGCCUCAGCCCACGCUGCCUUGAGACGCGCUCAGAGCCCUGCUGCAGCUCGGCGGCUCCCACCGAAGCACCGGGAGCACCAGGGCCGGGGACUCUCGCACCGUGCCCCUGGCUUCAGCAGGGUUGCACGGCGGAUGCAGCUGGUGCUGUCCGGGGUCCAGCAUUCAGAGCGGUCCAUUUUAAGAUUACGCAUUAAAAAAAAUCCAAACCCGCA